CGGGCUCGGGUUUCCUUUGACUCGGUAUUUAAAUUGAGCUGCAGAACCUGAGCUGCUGCUACAUCCAGCUCUGCACUGUCAUAGAAAUUGCUUUCCUUUUUCGAGGACAUAUUUGGACAUUUAUGCUGUCACGCUAUGAUGAUCGUUUAGAGGACAAGUUUGUUGUUCCGGGGAUCAGCAGGACAAUAAGGGUGUUGCGCUCUGAUAGCAGCUCGGUGCAUCCUUUUGGAGGAAGCCUCCUCUCGAUUUUGGGCGGAUCUGGACAGCGCUAGAGACUGGCCAGCUGAUCACAAAAGAGCUUUUUAAAGUUUUUGCGACUGGAAGAAAGUCACUCUCCAUCGGCGAGGAUGUUCAGCUGGCUCGGAACAGAUGACAGGAGGAAGAAGGAGCCAGAAGUCUUCCAGACAGUCAGCGAUGGACUGAAAAAGCUCUACAAAACUAAACUGCUACCACUGGAGGAGAGCUACAAGUUCCAUGAGUUUCACUCUCCGGCUCUGGAAGAUGCUGACUUUGACAACAAGCCCAUGGUCUUGUUGGUGGGGCAGUACUCCACUGGCAAGACCAGCUUCAUACGCUACCUGUUGGAGCAGGAUUUUCCAGGUAUGCGGAUCGGCCCCGAACCCACCACAGAUUCCUUCAUAGCGGUGAUGCACGGUGACACUGAAGGAGUGGUGCCCGGCAAUGCCCUCGUGGUUGACCCCAAGAAGCCCUUCAGGAAACUCAAUGCUUUUGGAAACGCAUUCCUGAACAGGUUUGUUUGUGCCCAGCUGCCUAACCCAGUGCUGGAGAGCAUCAGCGUGAUAGACACUCCGGGUAUCCUCUCCGGGGAGAAACAGAGGAUCAGUCGAGGCUACGACUUUGCCGCAGUCUUGGAGUGGUUCGCUGAGCGCGUGGACCGGAUCAUCCUGCUCUUUGAUGCCCACAAACUGGACAUUUCCGAUGAGUUCUCGGAGGUGAUAAAAGCCCUGAAGAACCAUGAAGACAAGAUCAGGGUGGUGCUGAACAAGGCUGACCAGAUUGAAACACAGCAGCUGAUGAGAGUCUACGGAGCCUUGAUGUGGUCUCUUGGGAAGAUCGUCAACACUCCCGAGGUGAUCCGCGUCUACAUCGGCUCCUUCUGGUCGCACCCUCUGUUGAUUCCUGACAACAGGAAGCUGUUCGAGGCCGAGGAGCAGGACUUAUUCAAAGAUAUUCAGUCCUUACCUCGCAACGCAGCUCUGCGGAAACUCAACGAUCUGAUCAAGCGGGCGAGGCUUGCUAAGGUCCACGCCUACAUCAUCAGCUCGCUGAAGAAAGAGAUGCCUUCUGUGUUUGGGAAGGAGAACAAGAAGAAGGAACUGAUCGGCACUUUGGGGGAUAUCUACAAGCGGAUCGAGAGGGAACAUCAGAUAUCCCCUGGCGACUUCCCAAACCUGAAGAAGAUGCAGGACCUACUCCAAUCUCAGGAUCUCACCAAGUUCCAGCCUCUCAAGCCCAAACUCCUGGAAGCGGUGGAUGACAUGCUGGCCAACGACAUCGCCAGCUUGAUGGUUCUGGUUCGCCAAGAAGAAACGCAGCGACCCAACGCGGUGGUCAAGGGCGGCGCCUUCGACGGGACGCUGAACGGCCCUUUCGGUCACGGCUACGGCGAAGGCGCAGGCGAGGGCAUCGACGAGGCGGAGUGGGUGGUGGCGCGCGACAAACCCGCCUACGAUGAGAUUUUCUACACGCUCUCGCCGGUCAACGGGAAGGUGACCGGAGCAAAUGCCAAGAGGGAGAUGGUGAAGUCAAAGCUUCCCAACACGGUGCUGGGAAAGAUCUGGAAGCUGGCGGACAUUGACAAGGACGGGAUGCUGGAUGAUGAGGAGUUUGCCUUGGCAAAUCACCUUAUCAAAGUCAAACUGGAGGGACAUGAACUCCCGUCGGACCUGCCAGCGCACCUGCUGCCUCCAUCCAAGAGGAAAGUCAUCGAGUAAACGCUCGCUCAGGUUCUGCUUUUGAAGUCUCCGUUUGAAAAGUAAGCGCAGUCGUAACAUCCAUGGAAAGAAUGUCGCUGGAGUGUUUCCCGCUUAAAGCUUUUUGGAAUUAUUUCCCUUCCAUAACGUGUGUUGGAAUAAAGCAGCCAGAAAUACUCAAACGCGCCUCUUAACAAGUGGCUUUCUGUAGCAGCGUUUGUAACUCAUGAAAACAGAUCCAGAGAUGCAAAACAUUAUCCACAAAUAUAUAUAUAGAUAUGCAGUUUUAAUCUGAGAAAUAAGUGUUUUGAAUGGAUUUAAAGGACAUUUUUAGAGCAGAGUAAACCCUUAUGACGUCCAAGAAAUGCAUAAAAUUGCAAAAAAAAUCAGCCAUAAUGUGAUUUAGAAAUACAUAUUUUGCUUGAAUAACAAGAAGCACAUUCAGGCACUAAAUUGGAAAGUUGUUAGUAUGUUUAAUAUAGGGUUAGAAAGUUAAAAAAAAAGAAAACUAUGAGCUGAGCGGGUUCAGAUUUAAAAAUCCUUCACAUAAAGGUGACAGGAAAAUAUACUACUAGUAUUCUUAAGCACAAACUGUACUUGUGUUAUAUAAACAUAUUUACUUAUUGUCGCGCAUCUCACAGAGUAUGUUUCAGAUCAUUCUAAGACCAUUUAUGAAAUGUCUAUUAGCGCAACACGCCAGUGUCUGCUGUAUAGAAACAUCACUUUUCAUUCAGUUUGGUGUCACAUAUGAUGGGGUUGUCUUCUCUGUGUGCAUGUACAUAUAUAUGACAUCAGAACAUACUCACGCACCUGUGAUUCACACUCUUGAUGUGUCGUUUCAUCGCGUCUCAAACACUGAAUUCUGUUAAGUAUUUUGUGAAUGUGUGUUGAUACGGUGGGGACAGUGUAGUGUGUGAAGUCAGUACCUGCUCUGUCACCACAGGAUUCAGACCAAGAGGAUAAUAAAGAUGAAUUCAACUGG